CGGCCACCCUGGCGGGCCGCACUGUCCCCGGGAGCUGAACGCUGUACAGCUGCCAUGGAGCUCCCGCUGUUGGCCGGCAAGGUCGCGGCGCUGUCACUCAGCGCUCUCCCGCUGUCCUAUGCGCUCAGCCUCAUCUCAGCGCUGUCGCACAGGGAGAGAGGCGGAGGCCCCAGCGCAGGCCUGGCCUCCCUGAUGUGGCUCCCCCUCCCCAGCCCCCUGUGGGUGGCCCUGAUGAGCGGCUUGAUCCUGGGCCUGCUGUUCGUGUCCAUCUACAGCUUGUCCCGCGGCGAGAUCACCUACGAUCCACUCUACGCUGUCUUCGCGGUCUUGGCCUUCACCUCGGUGGUGGACCUAGUCAUCGCCCUGGAAGAGGACGGCUACGUGGAGGGCUUCACAGAGUUCUACACCAGGGAGGCCGAGCCGUACCUGCGCACCGCACAUGGGAUCUUCAUCUGCUACUGGGACGGCACCGUGCACUAUCUGCUCUACCUGGCCAUGGCAGGCGCCAUCUGCCACAGGAAGCAGUACCGGAACCUUGGGCUCUACUGGCUGGGCUCCUUCACCAUGAGCACCCUGGUGUUUCUCUCGGGAAACGUCCUUGGCAAAUACAGCUCCGAGAUUAGGCCCGCCUUCCUCCUGGUCAUCCCCUACAUGCUGCUUCCAUGCUGGGCUGGCCUGCGGAUCUUCAGCCAGCCCCGGGCACCAUCCUACUCUCCUGCCAACCUGCAGGUGCAGGAGGAGCAGAGAAAGGGGCUCCUGCAGCGCCCGGCCGACCUGGCGCUCGUCGUCUACCUCAUCCUGGCUGUGUCCUUCACCCUCUUUCGAGGCCUGGUCGUGCUUGACUGCCCCACAGACUCCUGCUUUGUCUACAUCUAUCAGUACGAGCCAUACCUGCGGGACCCUGUGGCCUACCCCAAGGUGCAGAUGCUGAUGUACCUGUUCUACGGCCUGCCUUUCUACGGCCUGGCCACCUAUGCCCUCUUGUUCCCGGGAUGCUCCUGGCUGCCCGACUGGGCCCUGGUGUUCGCUGGAGCCAUUGGCCAGGCGCAGUUCUCACACAUGGGCGCGUCCUCACACCUGCGCACGCCCUUCACUUACCGCGUGCCCGAAGAUUCCUGGGCUUGUGUCUUCCUCUCCAACCUGUUCUACGCCCUCGGCCCGCACCUGUUGGCCUACCGCUGCCUGCUGCGACCCACCUUCUUCCUGCAGCCACCACCAACGCCCCCAGGCGCCAAGAAGCAGCAGUGAGGGCCUCACCAGCCCAGGACACUGUUCACAGGCACUGUGCCAGAACCAGGGUGCACUUUAGCAGCAGGAUGAACUUUGCCAGAGGUCUUCUGGCUGUGGUGGUUUCAGGCUGGUGGGUGGAAUGGGACACCCACAGCCAGGGAUCUUGGAAAGACAGCCUUACUGAAGUCCAGCAUGGAUGCAAAUGCCUGUGCUCCCAGCACUCAGGAGGCUGAGGCAGGAGGAUCUCUGUGAGUUUGAGGCCAGCCUGGGCCACCUAAAGAAAAGUACAUGUCUCAAAAUACCAACGUGGAAGGGGUUUGUCUUGUUCAAACCCAAGGACCACAGGGCCUAGGAUUUACCUAUCAUCCCCCUCAAAGAGCCUUUUAAUAAAAACUCUUUUGGCGACUAAAA